AUGAGUUACCAACAAGCCCAGGAUAUGUAUCACGACAAUUCCUCAGCGCGUUCUCCUGGCUCUCAACGCCAUCAACAGCCUCUGCAUCGCCAGCCGUCGCGACAGUUUGAUGCCUACGGUCCAAUGCCGGUCAACCUUUACGAGGACCCCAUGGCUCGCUACGAUACCGGUCGACUGGAGCGCCUGAAUCCGUCGCUGCACAAUAACUCCUAUACCUAUGAUCUCUCCGGUUCGCAGACUUGGAAUCCAAAUGGCUUUGCCAACGCUCAGAGCCUUGGGGGUAUUCGCUCAGCAUCGGCCAGUCUGAAGACUACUUCUCGCACUGGUCGGGCAGGUCUUCCAACGACAUGGCUGGAUCAGCAACCAGGCAUCCCUAGUCCAUUUUCCAAUCUCGGGUCCAACCCCCUUCCAGGUAACUCGAUGCGUCCGGAAACUACCGGCCCAUCGGAGUCGGAAGACGAAUUGAUUCCCACUGCUAUUGUUAUCAAGAACAUCCCAUUUGCGGUGAAGAAGGAGCAGCUCGUCCAGCUGAUGACUGAAUUGAAUCUUCCCCUCCCUUAUGCCUUCAACUACCACUUUGACAAUGGCGUGUUUCGCGGGCUUGCAUUCGCCAACUUUACGUCUGCGGAGGAAACGGCGACCGUGAUUGAGGUCCUCAACCACUUUGAGCUUCAGGGGCGUAAACUCCGGGUCGAGUACAAAAAGAUGCUUCCCCUGCAGGAACGCGAACGCAUCGAACGCGAGAAGCGUGAGCGUCGCGGUCAGCUCGAGGAACAACAUCGGCCCAUGGCAACUUCUCAGCUUCAGACCCAGAGUUCUAUGUCAUCACUCACAUCGCACAUUCCGGCCACUUCCCCGUCUCCAGUCUCUCAGCGUGGUCAAAAGCUGGGUAAGUUCGGUUUCGGACCUGAAUCAGCUCCUCGUAACGCCUCUAAUCCUUCCCUUCACCUCGCAGAUGUCGAUCUGAACGAUAGUACUACUCUGUCGUACUACUCGCAGCUGUUGUUGUUUAAGGAAGAUCCUAGUCGCGAUACUUUGAUCUUCCCGGCCAACCUUUCCCCCGUUCAGCGUCGCACUGUUCACACUCUUGCUCACAACAUGGGUUUGGGCCAUGCCUCUCGUGGGUCUGGCGAUCAGCGCCAAGUUCAGGUAUUCAAGGUUGCUCCCGGCACCAACGUGAGCCCCCCUUUGUCCUCUAUUCCGGCUGCGGUCCAACCUGCGGAGACCGCUCGCCGUGGACUCAACCGUGCGGCUACCAUUGACUUCAGUGAGGCUCGUAAUGAGGGACCGGCCCAUUUUGGUACUCUACGUGGACAACCCUCCGGGUUCCUGGGCGUUUUGGACUCGCCAAGCAGCUUUGGAAACACGCAAAACUUGCGUGCAGCCAAGUCCUUUGCGGACCUGCGCUCUUACACCCCAUCUCCAGUCCCAUCGUCUGCAAGUUUCCCGGCCGCACUUCAGUCCAACGGCACACGUCUUCAGCACUAUGAUGGUGCCACCAGUGGUGCUUCCAACACGCCAACUUUGACGCCUGCUCCAUCAGGUUCCUCUCUCGGCAUGCAGCGCGACGAUAACCUGUUAGUCAACAGUUUGAGCAGCCUUUCUUUGGGUACUGGGAUUGGAGGACCAAAUUCGAGUCCAAGGAGACUGAGGGGUAUGUUCUCUUGGGAGGAAAGCCAACCUUCCAGCGCUGGACCCAUUGGUAGUAACCGAACCAUCGGAGUUGGAUUUGACGGUCAGUCACAGGAGCGCAUGCCCAUUAGGCAGCCGAGAGGCCCCAUGCCCGAAAAGGGCCCAGGAUUCCGACGUCAGAAUGGACACCAGUCCCGUGGUAGUGACGAAUUACGCACCAGUUCCGGUGUCGAAAUCAUUGUGGAGUAA